AUGGUCCAGCAGAAGGCCAAAGUGAUCUGCACUAGAUUACUCGAACGUCACAUUGCAGCAGAACGAGCAGGUGAUGAGCGUGGGGUACAGCUGGGAUCGCGGGAUCAUGCACGAGAUGAUAUGGGCUACUGGCAGCAGGAUCUGCAACGGAUUUGGCUUGUUGCCCGUCCUAGAACACUCAUGACCCAUAUUCGAGACUGUGAUCUGCAUGCCAAGAGCGUUCGGUCACGGGCACAAGGUGAACUUAUGAAUGGCUCACCCAACAAAUCUGCUCGCUUCAAUCAACUGAUGCAGCCGGCGGCGGAACUGUCUGUGCCUCAGUUAUACAGUGAUUCCCCUCAGAUCACAGCUUUGAUACCACCCCAUGUUCCCUCUUCUGCAUCUGCAUCACCGAUGCUCGGUCUCCAUAUUCCAGGUUCUUCAGCAUCUGCCAGUGGCUCCUUACAGUUGUUAUCUUUACCAAGUCCACUAGCAUUUGACUCUCGUGCACCCAGUCCUGCAAUGUCUGAUAUCUCCCUUCUUCCGGUUCACGUUCCCUCAAAACGCCAACACAUGAGCCAUGCAGGGGCAUACCGUUCUGUUUCACAGCCUGUGGCUCUUUCCUUGUUGCCUCACAUUGGAGCUUGUGUCACAAAUUCCAAAUACGAACCAUUAUUUUUUCUUAAACACUCGUAA